AUGGAGGUCAUGCAGGGAGCCGCAGGGGGACCCCAGGUGCUGCAUUUGGGGGCUGGGAUCAUCGCUCUGCUGUUGACGGCUGUGGCCGUCUGCUGCCUGCCCUCCCUGAUGGAUUACUGGAGGCGAUGGUGGGUGACGAAGCCGAUCCCGGGUAUCAGCCCCUGCUAUCCUCUGCUGGGAAAUGCUCUACUCUUGGAGCGGGAGGGAGAAGGUUUUUUUAAACAACUACAAGUUUACGCUGAAGAGUUCAGGAGUUGGCCAUUGCUCAAAAUUUGGAUAGGACCGUUACCUGUCCUGAUUUUGUAUCACCCUGACAAUGUGGAGGUUAUUCUGAGCAGUUCAAAACACAUAGAAAAAUCGUACCUGUACAAAUUCCUGCAGCCGUGGUUGGGCACUGGACUUCUGACAAGCACUGGGGACAAGUGGCGGUCACGGAGGAAGAUGAUAACUCCCACGUUCCACUUUGCGAUCUUAACUGACUUUCUAGAGGUUAUGAAUGAACAAGGAGGUAUUUUGUUGGAGAAACUUGAGAAGCAUGUUGACAAGGAACCAUUUGAUGUCUUUCUUUACAUCACUCUGUGUGCCCUUGAUAUCAUCUGUGAAACGGCGAUGGGCAAGAAUGUGGGUGCUCAAGAGAAUAAGGAUUCUGAGUAUGUUCGUGCUAUCUACAGGAUGAGUGAUCUAAUCCAACAGAGACAGAAGAGCCCUUGGCUUUGGCCUGAUCUUGUAUAUAUGCUGUUCAAGGAAGGAAGAGAGCAUGAGAGGAACCUCAAAAUCCUUCACAAUUUUACAGAUACAGUCAUUGCAGAAAAAGCUGCAGAACUUGAAAACGCCAAGCAAACAAAAUGUGAUACUGAUGGUAACUAUGAAGAAAGUGGCUCCAAAAAGAGAAAAGCUUUCCUGGAUAUGCUGCUGAGUGCAACAGAUGAUGAAGGGAACAAAUUGAGCUACAGGGACAUUCGUGAGGAAGUGGAUACUUUCAUGUUUGAGGGCCAUGAUACAACAGCAGCUGCUAUGAACUGGGCCCUGUACUUACUUGGACAUAAUCCUGAAGCCCAGAAGAAGGUUCACAGAGAGCUGGAUGAGGUGUUUGGCAACACUGAGCGUCCUGUUACAAUAGAUGAUUUGAAGAAGCUUCGAUACCUUGAGUGUGUUGUGAAAGAAGCCCUUCGGCUCUUCCCUUCGGUUCCGAUGUUUGCCCGUGCCUUGAGAGAGGAUUGCUGUAUUAAAGGAUAUCAGGUACCAAAAGGCACAAAUGUUCUUGUCAUAACUUAUGCCCUGCAUAGAGACCCCGAGAGCUUCCCUGACCCAGCGGAGUUCAGGCCUGAGCGAUUCUUCCCUGAAAAUUGUAAGGGAAGGCACCCGUAUGCUUACGUGCCCUUCUCAGCUGGUCCCAGGAACUGCAUUGGUCAGCGCUUUGCACAAAUGGAGGAGAAAGCUCUUCUAGCCCUCAUCCUGCGGCACUUUUGGGUGGACUCAUGUCAAAAGCCAGAAGAGCUUGGUACAACUGGAGAACUGAUUCUUCGUCCAAAUAAUGGCAUCUGGAUUAAGCUGAAGAGGAGGCCAAAUGCUGGAUCAGAAUGA